AUGGCUAAUCAUGAAGAUAAAGGCGUAGAGCUUUCUGAAGAGGAAUUUUAUGUACAGAGAUCAGGUGCAAUCAAGACAGAGAUUUGUAAUGGUAACGAAAUGUAUCCUCACAAGUUUGAAGUGAGUCACAACUUUAGGGAGAUACUUGAAAUGGCAGGUAAAGAAUCAACAUCAUUUGUGGGAACUGAAGUUGUGAAGUCAGCAGGAAGGAUUAUGAGCAUACGCAUGCAUUCGAAAUUUUGCUUUUUUUAUGUAGUCUCUGGAGGUGAGUCAAUGCAGCUUGUUGCUGAUAUCAAGGAUCAAGGUACAAAACGAAGCAAUGUUGCAAGAUUUGUAAAGAGAGGCGAUGUCAUUGGAUUUGUGGGGAAUCCUGGAAAGACAAAGACAUUGGAGCAGUCUGUGUUUGUGAGUGACCUUGAUAUUCUUUCACCAUGCAUGCGAACGAUUCCUACCGAGCACUUUGGAUUGAAAGAUGCAGAAACAAUAUACAGGAAAAGGCACAUUGAUCUUUUGAUGAACAAAGAGUCGAGGGAAAGGUUUGAAAUGAGGACAAGGAUAGUAAAGUAUGUGCGGACGUUUUUAGAUGCCAGGGGAUUUCUUGAGGUUGAGACACCGAUGAUGAACCUGAUUCCUGGGGGAGCAGCAGCAAAGCCAUUUAUUACACACCACAACGAAUUGAAGCUUGAUCUAUAUAUGAGAGUUUCUCCCGAGCUGUAUCUCAAGAAGCUUGUGAUUGGAGGGCUUGAUAGAGUAUAUGAGAUGGGCAAGCAGUUCAGAAAUGAAGGAAUUGACCUGACGCAUAAUCCUGAAUUUACAUCAUGCGAGUUUUACAUGGCAUAUGCGGACUACAACGACACUAUGGAAAUGACUGAGGAGAUGCUUUCUGGACUGGUUCAUGAACUAUUUGGAACUGAUGUGAUAAGAUAUGAGCCUAAGAAACGUGGAGAGGAAGUAAAGCCUGUUGAAAUUUCAUUUAGUAGGCCAUUUAGAAGAAUAAGUAUUCUUGAAGAACUUAAUGAAAAGCUUGGAUUGCAGAUUACUGGAGAGAAUCUUGAAGACAAGGAAACACUUGAGAAGCUUCUAGAAGUGUGUGUUAAGGAGAACGUUGUAGUUGAGAAGCCACAGACACUUGCAAGGGUUCUUGACAAGCUUAUUGGGCAUGUGAUUGAGCCUCAGUGUGUGAGUCCGACAUUUAUCAAAGAUUAUCCAGUGGUGAUGUCUCCGCUUGCAAAGAGGCAUAGAUCUAAAGCUGGUCUUACUGAGCGCUUUGAGCUUUUUAUCAACAGCAAGGAGAUCUGCAACGCAUAUACAGAGCUCAAUAAUCCGUUUGAGCAGAGAGAAAGAUUUGUGCAGCAGGCAAAUGACCAAAAUGCUGGAGACGAGGAGGCAAUGAUGCUUGAUGAGGAUUUUUGCAAUGCUCUUGAGUAUGGCUUACCGCCCACUGGAGGAUGGGGACUUGGAGUUGAUCGCUUGGUGAUGUACCUGACGAAUGCAGCUAACAUAAAGGAUGUUAUUUUUUUCCCUGCAAUGAAGCCUGAGUAA